AUGUCAUCAACAGUGUUUAGACCAUUUAGAUUUUUACAUCGUAUGGCACAUGAGCAACCAGUCUACUUGUGGUCAUUUGGGAUUGGUUUAGCUGGCCCAGUAAUGGUUUUAGUUGUCCCUGAAAUACGCAAAUCUUUCUUCAACUGGAAGCCUGCUGAUCGCUUGCCAACUUCAUAUCCCCUCCCAAACCGUGAGAGAAGGUUGGUUGCUGGUUUUGAGGAUAGCCAGGAUAACCAGUAA